AUGAGUGAAUUCAGUGAUUAUAAUUAUGACUUAAUCAAAGAAGAAUCGAAGUCAAACGAAAUGGAUUUAUUACAACAAAGAGAAGAUACGUAUUUAUCAAAAAUUAUUGAAAAUAAUAUUUUUGAUAAUGGUUUGGAUUUAAAUAAUGUAACAUAUGUCCAUGAUGAUAAUAGUAUCACUGCUGGAAGUAGUAAUGGUUUCGAUGGUUUAGGUUUUGCAGACUCUAAUUAUAACAAUGCUGGUAAUAACAAUAACGAUAAUAUUAUGUAUUCACGUAUAACUAUGAAAUAUACACCGACCAGUAAUGGUCCUGAAGAUGACAUUUCAAUGAUAGAAGAUAAAGAGAUUAAAAAACAAAAAAAUAGGGAUGCUCAGAAAGCUUUUAGAAAUAGAAAAGAAGCCAAAAUAAAAGAAUUGGAAAUUAAGUUACAAAAUUCAGAACAAUCCAAAACUUCUCUCAUUAAUGAAAUAGCAGCGUUAAAAGCGAUGAACGAAAAAUUAAUUUUGCAUAGCGAUUAUUUAAAAUCAGAUUCAAGUAAUGCAACUACUUUAACAACAGCGCAAGGUUUCUCUUCAAAAACAAACUUCAUUGAACAUAUAACAACUAAGCAUAAUGAAAAGCUCCGUUUCGAUUCACCAGAAUCCACUGAUACUUUAUCAAUACCAGAAACUUGGGAAUAUCUGCAAAAGAAAAAAGAAGAUCUCGAUUUUAAUAUGGUAUAUAUAAUGGAACAUUUAAAAGGUAAUGAAAUAUGUCAUAACUAUGGUCCUGGGUACGCAAAGGAAAUGGUAGAUAAACUUAUUCAAUCUGCAUUGAAUUCUAUAUAA